AUGCCGAUCACUAUCCUCUCAGGAGCGCAGCUCCGCUCCCUCCUCGCUUCAUUAACCCGCGAUCAGAUCAUAUCGAUCCAGCAGAAUCUCGGAAACGCUCUUCGCGACUACUCCAUCGGAAACCAAGAUUCCGGAUGCGCGGCUACGCUGCAGCCGCGGCGGACAGCCGUGACGAGGCAGUGCGGACGCACGACGAUCUUCAUGCCGUCUAGCACGCGGAGGGCGAUUGGGAUGAAGGUUAUCUCGUUACAGGAUAAAGAGAGCAAACCCGGGUGUGAGGUGGAAUCGGGGGAAGACCUGCGGGGGAUUAAGAGGUUCACGUCGGGUUCGAACGAACCCGGAAAUCGGAGUUCCAUGUCCUCGGUUUCGUCGGAUAUGAGCGAGUUGUCGAUAUCGUCGCAAGAGGAUGCGGCGGCGGAACGGUCGCUCAGUACGUCUUCGUCUAGCGGCGAUAGUGAUCCGCUGCCUGUGGCGUCUGUGGACAAGAAACCUAUUGGGGGAGGGGUGUCGCAAACUAUGGGGGCGUGGCCUGGGGCUGGGUCGCGGGAUACUUCGCCCAAGGGGAGUGUUACGCUGUAUGAUGAUGAUAGUCUGCCGUUUGGGCUGAUAAAUGCGGAGGAGCUGACGCCGUUCCGCACGGCGCUGACGACAACGAUGAUAUUCAACAAGCGCAAAAAGGUGCGCACACUGGUGGUGUUUGGUGCGGGCAAGCAGGCUUACUGGCACAUUCGACUGGCUGUCAUCCUACGAGGGGAGGAUAUCAAGCGGGUGUUCAUUGUCAACCGGUCGUUCGAGCGAGCUGCCAGGCUUCUCCAGGAGAUCUAUUCGGCAGAGAAUGCUAGCUGGCGGGGGGAUGUCAAGUUCUCCGCUGUCAGCAGCGAGUUUGGGGAGUACAACCGGAUCCUCCACGACGCGAUCAACAAGGCAGACGCCAUAUUCUGCUGUACGCCGUCGCAUGUACCGCUCUUCCCGGCGGAGCUUCUCACCUCAAAGGAAGGACGACGAAAGGGUCGCCUGAUUAGCGCCAUUGGAUCAUACAAGCCGAACAUGACAGAGUUACACCCGGAUAUCCUGAGAGAGGAGGUCACCGUGUCACCGCCACAUCGCCACUUCCACAAGCAUGUCCAGCGCAGUGGCAUUGUCGUUGUCGACAGCCUCGAUGCGGCGAUGAAGGAGGCCGGCGAGUUGAUCCAGGCAGAGGUCAAGCCCAACCAGGUAGUGGAGAUCGGCGAGCUGCUGAUGGUGCGGGAUUCCGCGAAGGGCUCGAACUCGGCAGCCGACGAAAAGCACCUGCGCGAAUGGGUUGAGCGAGGGAACGUGAUAUUCAAGGGCGUGGGGUUGGGCCUGAUGGAUCUGGUCACUGGAACCGAGUUGGUCGAGCUUGCGAGGGCCAGAAAGAUCGGCACGACAGUGGAGGAAUUCUAA